CAAACUUGGGCUUGUAGACAAACUCAUUCAAAUUCACUGUUCAACCCCACUACAGUCAAUCCAGCUAAAUGAGUGCUUUCGGAUCAGGUCUUUUUGACGCUUCAAAGUCAUCAACGACACCCAAAACAACCUCUUCUAACUUCUUCAGUAUCCCCCCAGCAUCCACGACACCAACGGCCGGAUCUACGGCACCACCAACUGGGGGUCUUUUCGGCUCUGUGGCCAAACCCGCAGAAAGUACCCCGACAGCUAAAUUUCCUGGAGGUAGCAUGUUUGGUGGCAGCUUGUUUGGAAAGAAACCGGAAGACUCAGCCCCGACGCCAACAUCGAGCUCGACGGGGAAUGCAACCUUCCCCGCAUUUGGUGCCGUUAACUCUACAUCGUCUCCCGCUGGUGGUGGAUUAUUUGGCUCCAGCGCGAAGGCUGAUGCGCCUGCGACUGAGAAGAAGGAUACACCAUCAUUCAACCUUUUUGGGUCCAAGGACACGUCUGGAGAAAAGAAAGACGCGACACCAACCCCGUCUAUACUGGGUUCAUUCGGUACCAAGGAUAGUUCAGGAGAAAAGAAAGAGGGAACCCCAGCGCCAGCAACAUUCAACUUAUUCGGAACGAAGAAUCCAGUACCUGAGAAAAAGGAUACGCCUUCAGCUCCUUCUUUCAGCUUAGGAGAUCCGUCGAAAGACUUAUCUGGGGAGAAGAAAGAUGCUUUGUCGGGUGCGAGCAAUACAAAGGGAGCGGAAGCGGAUAAAUCGAAGGAUUCGUCGGCUCCCUCGCAGGCUAAUAUAUCGGUAGCCCCACCAUCAAUGCUAAGAGGUAAAACUAUUGAGGAAAUCGUGAAUAAAUGGACAGCCAACCUAGAGCUUCAUGUCCGCGAGUUCAGCUCAUUUGCUGGAGAAGUGGCUGUGUGGGAUCGCGCCCUCAUGGAAAAUGGUAACAAUCUGUCUGCGCUGUUCAGUCAUGUACUGGCAGCGGAGCGAGAGCAAAAUGAAAUCGAUCAAUCUCUGGACCACAUCGAGCAACAACAAAGGGAUCUUUUGGGAGCCUUGGAAGGAUACGAAAGAUCAACAGACGAACUGCUAGGCAAUCAAGCGGGUGGUCUUCGGGCUCUUGAUACAGGCCCCGCAGACUCGGAACGAGACAAAAGCUACACGUUGGCAACCGAGCUACACGCCCAAUUGGACGACCUAUCAGGAUCACUGACGCAGAUGAUUGAUUCAGUAAACGCUCUUUCUUUGUCGUCGGCCCCCUCCGGUGGUGCCUCUCAACCGUUUGGUACAGACGAUCCCAUGGCUCAGAUCUCCCACAUCCUCAGUAGCCAUUUAGAAAGUUUGCAAUGGAUAGAUAACGCCGUUAAUCUGGUUGAAACAAGAGUUGGUGAGGUUGAGAAGAGGGUGCAAGACGUUGGUGCAGUGAGCGUUGGAAGCACCGGAGGCAACUUUACAAGAUUCAGAGGGUUUGGCUCAGGUAGAUAGGUAAUGAUCUAGGCAGGUGUCAGACAAAAGCACGGCUUCGCUGUCUACACUAUAUUCCACACAGGAUAGUAGAAGAUGAUUAUUGUUCCUAGGCAACAUUUCGUUAUGUACUGUUGGCCAACUUAACACACCAAUUUGAUGAAACGAAUAUUCUAUGAGCUUUCGCAAUAAGCUCAC